AUGGCUUCAAUUUUGUCCUCCCCGGGCAUUGGAGCUGACCACCCUCCUCUUUCUCCUCAAGAGGUCGGCACCAGCACAGGAAUCGAGACAAACCAAUAUCCACCCCCAGCCAUGGCGAACAAUAACUCCUCAGAUGAAGAAGAAGGUCGCCCGCCUCGCUACACUCGAGAAAAUGACCCAUUUGAGCUUUCCUCAAAACUCAAGACUGACGCCGAGAUAAAUUCGAUCCCAGCAAACACAUCGCGACGACGCAAGCUAGCGCGCCUCCAUGGCACGCGGUCCUCCGCCAAAAAAUUGCAGGGCUUCUACCGCACACAAAACGAAAAUAUCGAGCGAUUAUUGAAACCCGUCGACGAACACAUUCGCCUUGCUCGGGAACUCAACACUCAAAACCAGCUGCGGUAUAAAAUUGCUGUCUACGGCAGUUUCGCCGCCAAUGUCGUCCUGGCUAUCCUGCAGCUUUAUGGCGCUAUCGCGUCCGGAUCCUUGUCGCUAUUUACCACCAUGGCUGACUCUGUGUUUGACCCAUUGUCCAAUCUGACACUGCUGCUCUGUCAUAAGACCGUGCAACGCGUCGAUGCGCGCAAAUUCCCCGCGGGGAAGGCCAGGAUUGAAACUGCGGGAAAUAUAUGUUUCUGCUUUCUUAUGACAGCCGUUUCGUUCAUUCUGAUCGCAUUCUCCACGAAAGAUUUGGCCAGUGGGAGCGAAAACGAGACCUUGGGCUUCCAUCUGCCGUCUGUGAUCGCCGUCAGCAUCGCCUUCGUCACGAAGCUAGUUCUUUUCUUAUACUGCUGGGCAAUACGGAACCAGUACUCCCAAGUCCGGAUCUUAUGGGAGGACCAUCGAAACGACCUUGCCAUCAAUGGCUUUGGUAUCCUCACGUCCGUUGGGGGCAGUAAAUUGCGAUGGUGGAUCGAUCCCAUGGGAGCGUUGAUCCUUUCGCUGAUCAUCGCUGUAUUGUGGCUCAGAACUGCAUACUCCGAGUUCCAACUGCUCAUCGGCAUUACUGCGGACACCAAGAUGCAACAACUCAUCACAUAUAUAUGUAAGUAUCCCACCUCAACCCAUUUGUAUGACACCACUCUAAUGGCCGGUGCGAUGGAAGCUAUGACCCACUCUCCCUUAAUCAAUGCCAUCGACACCGUUCGCGCUUAUACCUCUGGACCACGGCUUGUCGUGGAGGUUGACAUAGUAAUGGACCCAGACUCGUCACUUCGAGCGACACACGAUGUAGCAGAGGAGCUUCAGAUGAAACUUGAAAGCCUUCCUGACGUAGAACGAGCAUAUGUGCAUGUUGACUUUGAGACAACGCAUAAGCCGGAGCAUUUCUUGAAAAAGGACUUAUGA